AGGACCAUUGCCAAGGGAAAGGUCGAGUACAUGUUCUUCAUUCUACCAGUCCAAAUCGCGUGAUAACAAUUACGUUGGUUAAAGAUCCUGAUUGACUCUGAAGUUACCACGCCCCACGCUAUCAACAACAUGUGUUGCUAGCUGGUCCACAACAACAUGGAGACGUAAAUUGCCGGGGGUUCCACUCAUCGAGGUUGACUGGAAUGAGAACAAGCACAACUAGUUGAUUUUUUUAAUAUUCGUUUCGGGAGGUAAAAGCUGUUGAAAAAAUGGUGAAGGAGCAGUUCCGGGAGACAGAUGUGGCGAAAAAGAUAAGCCACAUUUGCUUUGGCAUGAAAUCUGCAGACCAAAUGCGUCAGCAGGCCCAUCUUCAGGUGGUCAGCAAGAACCUGUACAGCCAGGACACCAAACACUCUCCGUUGCCUUAUGGAGUGCUGGACCACCGCAUGGGAACCAGCGAGAAAGACAGACCAUGUUUAACAUGUGGGAAGAAUCUGGCCGACUGUUUGGGACAUUACGGCUAUCUAGAUUUGGAGCUGCCGUGUUUUCAUGUUGGAUAUUUUAAAGCAAUCAUUGGGAUCUUACAGAUGAUUUGUAAGACAUGUUCAAGCAUCAUGCUGACCAAAGAGGAGAAGCUCCAGUUCAUGGACAUGUUGAAACGUCCCAACCUGGCCUACCUCCAGAAACGAGGGCUAAAAAAGAAGAUCUCCGACAAAUGCCGCAAAAGAACAACUUGCCUGAAUUGUGCUGCGUUUAAUGGAACGGUGAAGAAGUGUGGCCUGCUGAAAAUCAUACACGAGAAGUACAAAACCACCAAGAAGGUGGUGGAGCCUUUUGUGUCAGAGUUCCUGCAGUCCUUUGACACAGCACUUGAACACAAUAAACUCAUGGAGCCUCUUCUGUCAAGAGCGCAGGAGAACCUCAACCCUCUGGUGGUGCUCAACAUCUUCAAAAGGAUUCCCCAGGAGGACAUCUGUCUGUUGCUGAUGAACCCAGAGGCGGGUAAACCUGCUGACCUCAUCCUCACCCGCCUCCUGGUGCCCCCGCUCUGCAUCCGGCCCUCCGUGGUCAGUGACCUCAAGUCGGGCACCAACGAGGACGACCUCACCAUGAAGCUGACGGAGAUCAUCUUCCUGAAUGAUGUCAUCAAAAAGCAUCGCAUGACGGGCGCCAAGACGCAGAUGAUCAUGGAGGACUGGGACUUCCUCCAGCUGCAGUGCGCUCUCUACAUCAACAGCGAGCUGUCCGGCAUCCCGCUCAACAUGGCACCCAAGAAGUGGACGAGAGGCUUUGUGCAGAGACUCAAGGGAAAGCAAGGUCGCUUCAGAGGCAACCUCUCAGGCAAGAGAGUGGACUUCUCCGGCAGAACUGUCAUUUCCCCGGAUCCAAACCUAAGGAUCGACGAAGUAGCCGUGCCUGUCCACGUGGCCAAAAUCCUUACCUACCCCGAGAGGGUAAACAAAACCAACCUGGAGCUGAUGAGGAAGCUUGUCCGUAACGGCCCGGAUGUUCACCCCGGCGCCAAUUUCAUCGAGAAUCGGCGCAACCAAAUAAAAAGGUUCUUGAAGUAUGGAAACCGCGAGAAGAUUGCCCAGGAGUUGCGCUUCGGCGACGUGGUGGAAAGACACCUGAUCGACGGAGACAUCGUCCUCUUCAAUCGACAGCCCUCGCUGCACAAGCUCAGCAUCAUGGCACACAUCGCCAGAGUCAAACCUCACAGGACAUUCCGCUUCAAUGAGUGCGUGUGCACGCCGUACAACGCCGACUUUGACGGAGAUGAAAUGAAUCUCCAUCUGCCUCAGACGGAGGAGGCCAAAGCUGAGGCUCUGGUCCUAAUGGGGACAAAAGCCAAUCUGGUAACUCCAAGGAACGGCGAACCUCUGAUUGCUGCUAUUCAGGAUUUUCUGACAGCGGGAUACCUCUUGACUCUGAAGGACACCUUCUUUGACCGAUCCAAAACCUGCCAGAUAGUCGCCUCAAUCCUCGUGGGCAAAGAUGAAAAAAUAAAGAUUUCACUCCCCCGCCCGGCAAUAGUGAAGCCCAUGUCUCUGUGGACAGGCAAGCAGAUAUUUAGCCUUAUCCUGAAGCCCAGCAAGGAUUGCCCCGUCAAGGCCAACCUGCGCACCAAGGGCAAGCAGUACUGCGGCAAGGGGGAGGACCUUUGCCACAAUGACUCUUUCGUGGUCAUCCACAACAGUGAGCUGAUGUGUGGCAGCAUGGACAAGAGCACCUUGGGUUCGGGCUCCAAAAACAACAUCUUCUACAUCCUACUGAGAGACUGGGGACAGCUGGAGGCCGCCAACGCCAUGUCCCGCCUCGCAAGACUCGCCCCCGUCUAUCUUUCUAACCGGGGAUUUUCCAUUGGUAUUGGGGAUGUGACACCCGGUCAGGGUCUGCUGAAAGCCAAGCAGGACCUUCUGGAUGACGGCUACCACAAGUGUGAUGAAUACAUAGAAGCUCUGGAGACGGGCAAACUGCAGCAGCAGCCGGGCUGUACAGCUGAGGAGACCUUGGAGGCUUUGAUUCUCAGAGAGCUUUCAGUCAUCAGAGACAGAGCAGGCAGUGCCUGCCUCAGGGAGCUGGACAAGAGCAACAGUCCUCUGAUCAUGGCUCUGUGUGGCUCCAAAGGUUCCUUUAUUAAUAUCUCACAGAUGAUUGCAUGUGUGGGACAGCAGGCCAUAAGUGGCUCUCGAGUGCCUGACGGUUUUGAAAAUCGAUCCCUGCCUCAUUUUGAAAAGCAUUCAAAAUUGCCCGCCGCGAAAGGCUUUGUGGCCGACAGCUUCUACUCGGGCCUGACACCCACUGAAUUUUUCUUCCACACCAUGGCCGGCCGCGAGGGACUGGUGGACACUGCUGUGAAAACGGCAGAGACCGGCUACAUGCAGAGGCGUCUGGUGAAGUCCCUGGAGGACCUGUGCUCGCAGUACGACCUCACAGUACGAAGCUCCACGGGCGACGUCAUCCAGUUUAUUUAUGGUGGCGACGGCCUGGACCCCGCGGCCAUGGAAGGCAAGGACGAACCGCUGGAGUUCAAGAGGGUCCUGGACAACAUCCGGGCGGUCUACACUUGCCCGAACGAGCCGGCGCUCAGUCAGAGCGAGCUGGUUCUCACGUCAGACGGCCUCAUGAAGAAAGCAGACUUCAUGUGCUGCAGAGACAGCUUCUUGGAGGAGAUAAGGAAAUUCAUCAAGAGCAUCUCUGAGAGAAUCAAGAAGACGAGAGACAAAUACGGCAUCAACGACAAUGGCACCAGCGAGCCGAAGGUCCUCUAUCAGCUGGACCGCAUCACCCCCACCCAGCUGAAGAAGUUCCUGGAAACCUGCAGGGACAAGUACAUGAGAGCUCAGAUGGAGCCGGGGUCUGCGGUGGGGGCCUUGUGCGCCCAGAGCAUAGGAGAACCCGGCACGCAGAUGACCCUGAAGACGUUCCACUUUGCCGGCGUGGCGUCCAUGAACAUCACUCUGGGCGUGCCCCGCAUCAAAGAGAUCAUCAACGCCUCUAAGAACAUCAGCACCCCUAUUAUCACCGCCCAUUUGGAUGUGGAGGACAACGCCGACUUUGCACGCCUGGUGAAGGGGAGAAUCGAGAAAACGCUGCUAGGCGAGAUUUCCGAAUACAUCGAAGAGGUUUUCCUACCAGACGACUGUUUCAUCCUGGUCAAGUUAUCCCUGGAGAGGAUAAGACUGCUGCGACUGGAGGUGAACGCAGAGACGGUGCGCUAUUCCAUCUGCAUGUCCAAGCUGCGAGUGAAACCAGGCGACGUGGCAGUGCAUGGCGAGGCCGUGGUGUGUGUGUCACCACGGGAAAACAACAAGAGCUCCAUGUACUACGUGCUGCAGUCACUGAAGGAGGAGCUACCCAAGGUGGUGGUUCAAGGAGUCCCCGAGGUCGCCCGUGCCGUCAUCCACAUUGACGAGCAGAGCAGCAAGAACAAGUACAAGCUGCUGGUGGAGGGUGAUAACAUGCGCGCCGUCAUGGCCACCCACGGCGUCAACGGAAGCAGGACCACGUCCAACAACACGUACGAGGUGGAGAAGACUCUAGGCAUUGAGGCUGCCAGGUCCACCAUCAUCAAUGAGAUCCAGUACACCAUGAUCAACCACGGCAUGAGCAUCGACCGGCGCCAUGUCAUGCUUCUAGCCGACCUCAUGUCCUAUAAGGGGGAGAUACUCGGAAUUACUAGGUUUGGCUUGGCUAAAAUGAAGGAGAGCGUCCUCAUGCUGGCGUCCUUUGAGAAAACAGCUGACCACCUCUUUGAUGCCGCCUACUUCGGGCAGAAGGACUCCGUCUGUGGCGUAUCAGAGUGCAUCAUCAUGGGCAUCCCAAUGAACAUUGGCACGGGGCUCUUUAAACUCCUGCAUAAGGCCAGCAGGGAUCUGUGCCCGCCGAAAAGGACGCUCCUGUUUGACCACACGGACUUCCACAUACCUCUCGUCACAUAAACACUGCUGCACAAAGAGCAUAGGAGAACCCACAAUGACUGAGGCCAUCCACACAAGCCCUGCAAGAACACAGAAAAGUCAGCGUGCGGUGAUAUGAGGACUUUGCAAGGUGGCGGAAAAGCGGAACUUUUUUCCACACUGUGUCAGUGAGAGAGGUUCAUCAUCGUCAUCCAUUAAUACACUUGAAGAACAUCCACUCUUCUUCUACUCUGCUCAUCCUGCUCAUAGUCAGGGCACAGAAACGUAUUUGUAAACGUACCUAUUUUUGUACUCAUUCAAAGCAGUUUAGAUUAUUUGACGUUUUUGAAAAACGACGUAUGUCUUGGAUGAACACAAUGUAGGUUUUUGUAAAUAAUGAAGACUAGUCUAGUCUUCUGCAAAGCCGACAUGUAUUUUUGUAAAAAUAAAAGACAGCUUAGCCCCAAGUGAACCUAACGCAUGUGUUUUUGUCAGCUUUGAAGACAAUUUAAAGUCUUUGACUAACCAAAUUGGCAUUUUGGUAAACUGAAGUCUUCAACACGCCUUGUGUACAUGUUUUUGUCAACGUUGGAAGGAAAUUUAGAGUCGUAAACAGCCAAAACAAUGAGGACAAUUUAUACCCAAUAUACGUGUUUUUGUCUAUUUAGCCCUAAACUAAAGCUAAUAUCCCUAAGAAAAUCAGUCCUCAAUGGCCGUUGACCGCGAUGAACGGACCUGUUUUGACAUCCCGAUCAGCAGUGUAGUGCCUCAGUGACUUACCCCCCACUUGGUCCCGUGAGCCCAGUUCUGCUCUGAUUUUGGUGAAGAGGAACGUAGUUCCGGUUAGUUGCUGGGGGCAUUUAAGUGAAGAGUUUGGCUUCUCGAAACAAUAUGCGUUCAUUUGCAUCUCAAACAUGCCUUCUCGAAAAAUCAGACCUCACAAAUCACUGUGUUACUUUCUCUCCGUAUCGAUGCGCGCUCCCGCCUGUCCAUUGUUGUGUGUAAUGAAGAUGGCUGCGACGCUCGCAUCUUCAUCCACUGUGGAACACAUACUGUACGUAAACAAGAUGGCUGCGACGCUCGCCAUCGCACACACAAAAACGGACAGGCAAUAGCGCGCAUUGAUACGAACGGAGAGAAAGUAACGCCGAGCGAUUUGUGAGGUCAGAUUUUUUUCAAGGAGGCAUUUUUGAGAUGCAAAUGGAUUACUCUUUUGAACGCAUGUUGUUUUGAGAAGCCAAACUCUUAAGCGGCCGCAGCAACAAACCAGAACUGCUGUUUUACCAUGCACAUGACAAUAAAACUCUCUUGAAUCUUGAAUCUUGAAUGGGACCAAGUGGGGGGGUAAGUCACUAUUGAUGCACUACACUGCUGAUGGGGAUGUCAUACAACUUCAUGUUAAAAAAUCCGAACUAUCCCUUUAACAUGUGUUUUUGUCAACAUCUGAGGCAAUGUUGAGUCUUUGAAGAUCAUAACAUACCUCUUUUUGAAAAUCUUGAAGACAACUAUGUAUCUAAUGUUCGUGUUUCGCUUUCCUUUUUUAGCAUUUAGCAAUCCUGAUGUACGUGUUUUUGUAACAAACUGAAGACAAGUGUAUUUUGUACGAAUCCUAACGUCCGCGUUUUUGCAAGUGAAUGAAGGCAGUUAACUUGACAUUUUGUAACAAAUUAGUUACAUUUAGAGACUUUGACAAAUGUUGAACAGAAAUUAGUCUACUAAGAACUUCAUCUACAUGUUUUUGUUCAAAGUGAAGACGAUUUUCCGUGGUCUAUGAAUGUAAUGUACAUGUUUUUGUAAAUUUCAGAGGCAACGUAGUCAUCAGAAAAGGCAUUUUUGGCAAAGUUGAUGACAAUUUAGUCGUAAAUUAACGUAUUUGGUAAACAUGGGAAACAAUGUAGUCUUAUACAAAUGUAGCAUAUUUUGUUCAAGACGAUUUAGAAUCUUCGAUGCUUUUCUUUGUAAUGACUGAGGUGUAAACCUAAUGUACGUGCUUUCGGGCAAGUCUUUUUUCACAUUUUUGGUACAGUGAGAGUAGCUUGAAAGGACCCGUUAAAAACAAUUUUAAAAAUCACAUGGAGAAGUAGAACAUAUAUAGACGUAAAUACCCAGCAUCUUGUACGCUCUUUUGGACGUGGACUGUUGCCUCGUUCGUAAUGGGAAUACGAUGCCCUGGUAUCUCUCAAUGGCGAUGCAGGUCAUAGUGAGGAUGCCGGUCACCACAGCCGUGGUCUGCACGAAGGGAACCGUCUUGCACACUAGAACCCCUACCACAACACAGAACAUUAGUUCCGUAGCUUGUUUAAGGCAGUCUUCUUUAAGGCUUUAAGCAGGGGUGUUCAAUAAGAAUGUCGAUGUUGUGCUCAGAUAGCUUAGCAUAUACUGCUUAAAGGCUGAAUUGUGUGGCGCAGGUGCAUAAUUCAGCCUCAUGGUUUGCCAUUUGCUCUGCAUUCAAAAAAUGUCUUUUCUCUACUUGUUAAUUCAGUAAUCCCUCGGUUAUUGCAGUUCAUUGGUUCCACACCCAACUGUGCUAGAUGAAUUUCCGCCAAGUAGCCUUCCUUAUUUAUAAAUGAAGUAUUUUCAUAGUUAGAGCAUACAAAACCUGUUUGACCUUCUAAAUACAUUUGUUAACAUUAUUAGAGCCCUCUAGACAUUAAGUAACACCCCAAUAGUCACGUUUACACUGGUGUCACCCAGUAUAGUAGACAUAAUAGAAAAUAAGACUCAAAUGUGUUGCUGUAAAUAUGUUCUGGUGCUAGGGUAGGUGAGUGGGGGUUUGGGGAGUGAUGUCGGGGGUUCAGAGUUGAGUCGUAGCUUGGUGUGGGUUAUGACUGCAACAGUGGCCCGUGUUAGGGAUCAUUGUGCCUACUAUAGACUACAUACUACAGAUGAUCACGCCUUUGAAUGCGUCUUCUGAAUGCCGUGUAUUUGUAUUUUAGUUCAUUUAGACACUUUUAGGAUUGAAAGUACUUUAUUUAGGCCAUGAAUACAUACCUGUACAAUUUGCUUUAAUAUGCUUUUGUUUUUGUUGUUUUUUUUACUAAUAAUAGGCCAUUUUCAGCUUUUUUUUUGUAAUGUAACUAGAAAGUGGUUUUAUGCGGGGAUAAAAUAGUGUUGUUAUGAAUCCAGUAGAGGGCGCUGUCUCACAUCAGUUCGUUCAAUAUCCAGCCAAGACAUCAUGAUUUGUAAGUACAAUAUUGUGUGCCUGUAAUUCUUUCUUAAUGUGUAAAAUUGACUUUAAAAUGUGUUUCAUAACGGUGAGAGGCGGUUAGCUGUGGUUUGUCAUCAUUCAUUUGCGUUGUUCUUGGAAUACAACCCGCAUAAUGCUGUUGUGCCACCUCCCGCAGCCUUCCCUCGGUGUAAAAAGUUUGGCCGUCCUUGCUUUAAGGUCUCCAUAUGUUGCACAUGAAUUUGCUAAAAUGAAAAGCCUCACUGAGUCCUCCAUUAGGUGGCUGUGUGGACACUACAGUAUGCUAUGUUGCUGCUUCCAAUUAAUGCACUAAUGGGCCCACUGCAGCUCUUGAAUGAUAUUUGCCAGGGUUAUUUAUUACUAACAAUAUUCUCAGUUGGUGUACAAACAUAAAUAAGGCUUUUGUGUUAUGUACAGCCUACGUCUUUUUCAUCUGUAUAGCAGUUUUAUUCGAAGGUCUUUGCUUUGAAAAGCAUAAAGUCGUUGAGAAUAUUCAAGUACCGGUAGCCAACAUAGACAGGAUUUACAUGAACGCACCCACCACUCAUGAACAGCAUUCCUGUUUUUAACCUCAAUGCUAUGUUGUUUUCUGAAGGCUACGCUCCCUCUAUUAUGAUUAUUCUUAUGAUGUGGCCGACUCCUACCGGUGAUGUUUCAUUUACGCUAAGCAUGCCAACGAUGACCAAACAGCCAUUCAAGUAAGGAAUGUGCAGAUUGAUGCAGCUUUUAUUUUAGUUGUUGAAGUUAUGGAACAGUUCCAUGGUAAUUAUGCCAAUUGAAACUUGUUAUUCUUUCUGAGUGGGUUCCACACGCCGAGUGUGGUUUUGUUUGCCUUAAUGAGCGUAUAUUGUAGCUGUCGUUUAGGUGAUUGUUACUCUUAUUCAUGCUGGAGGAGAAAUAUACAGUUUGUACACCUGAGGUUUGCUGUCUUGCUCAAGGCCACAUCACAUUGUUUUGGAAAUAAAUUCUACUGUAUUAUGCUUCCAGAUUCAAGAGUUUUAUUGUCAUAUGCAUAGUAAAACAGGCAGUUAUACUAUGCAAUGAAAUUCUUAUUCUGUUCAUUCUCCCAAGAAAAGAAAUGCUUUAGUGCCUUGCUAAAGGGAACGUCACCCACAACACUUCCAGUGGCCAGUGUAUUUGUGUGUGUGUGUAUAUCUAUAUCUAUCUAUCUAUCUAUAUAUAUAGAGAGAGAGAGAGAGAUAAAUAUAUAUAGAUAUGUUUCAUUAUUUUUUUUAAAUGUGUAUAUA